AUGCAGACGCAGGACUCGGCAGGUCGCUCGGGAAUCUUCGUCCUUUUCCGACGCUGUGUUAGCUCCGCGUUUGGCCCGCUGUGGCCAGCUGUGGCCCCGGUUUUAGCCCGGGUGGGUGGCGUGUCCAUGAGGCUGCUGCUGAAUCAUCCAGCUGACUGUGACGUGACCAACGUAAACACCACACGGGACCAGAGCGCAGACGUCAUCGCCACAUGUCGACUGCGCUUUGGUCGCGUGUUAGUCGCGGAGAUGCCACUGCUGCCUCGUGAGGUGGACAAAUACAAUGGACUGUCCCUGCUGUACUGGAUGAUGAUGGGUCCCCAUGGAGUCUCGCGGACCGUCCAUCGCCUUGAGUUCCACGACUGCCGCAGAGGAUUGGGAGUGAAGAUCAUUGGAGGAUUCAGGGAAUACAGCGGAGAAGACUUUGGGAUCUACGUAAAGAGAGUGGUCUCAGGAGGACUGGCCUUUACUGACGGUCGGCUGAGGUCUGGAGAUUUGAUACUGGACGUGAACGACACAAGUUUAAUCGGAGCCACAAACGACAGAGCCGUGGAGAUCCUGAGGAAAGCAUCUUUGACCAAUCACAUGACUCUGCUCAUCUCCAGAGACGAGAAGGCAAAACGUGAGUUCCUGGAGCUGAUGGACACAUACAGCCUCCCUAUAUACACUCACAGCGGACUCCCCUCUCCACAGACCUGCUCCAGAAAAGACCACACCAUUUCCAAAUUGACUGACAGCUCAUCCAGAUCCGAGUCGCCACAGCUGCUGAGUCCCACUACUAUGAUCAGCGACAGUGUGAUCCGGCUCGUCUGCGUCUCCAAAGCCUCUGGUCUUGGUCUGGUCAUAAGGGGCGGAGCCAAUCGACCUGACGGACCAAUGGUGUUCAUCCAGGAAGUGCUCCAGGGAGGAGACUGUCACAAGGAUGGGCGCCUCCUCCCCGGUGAUCAGCUCAUCUCUGUGAAUAAAGAGUCUCUGAUAGGAGUCACGUUUGAAGAAGCAAGAACCAUCCUGUCUAAAACCAGACUGAGACCGGAGCCCACAGUGGAGGUGUCCUUCCUGCGUCCUCGUCCCUCUGGUUGUUCCCCGGGUCCUCAGAGUCCUGUAGGAGCCACAUCAGCAGCUCGUUCCCAGAACAGGCCUCUGUCUCUAGGGACACAGAUCAGCAGGAGCCCCCCUCAGUCUGAGACUCUUCCAGAAGUCCGACUCAGUGAGAUGAGACUGAGUCCCACAGUGACUGAUGCAAGCCCAGAGACCCAAGACACCUCCCAGACCCUGGAGACUUCCCAGACCCUGGAGACUUCCCAGACCACUCGCAUUCUCUGUGAUGUCACAGAAGAAGAGGAGUCCGGACUCGAGCCGGAUAAGACCUCGGACCUGCAGCCUGACACUGAGCCUCAGAUGGAGCGCUUGAAGACUGAUCAGGCUGAGGCUCUGGUGCAGCGGCUGCAGGAGCAGCUGUGUGAGUCGCAGAGAACACAGCGCUACCUGCAGGACAAGCUGGACUCACUCAGACAGGAGCUGGACGAGGCCUUGGAGCAGAACCAGACCCUCAGAUCUGGACUGGACCAGGCCAAAGCGGUUCAGAAUCAGACGAAAGACAUGGAGCAGGACUAUGAAGAGGUCAUCCACCUGCUGGAGUCAGAGAUCGCAGAACUGAAGACCAGAGAUUCCCCAAACCAGGACCAGUUGCAGAGGAAUGUUGCUGUGCUCCAGUGUCAACUUCGCAAAAGUGAAGAAUCCAAGAAGAACUUUGAGACGUGUGCGAGGAACCUGCUGAGCUUCACCCAGAACGUUGAGGAAUUUCUGCAGGAAAACCACAAUCCACAGAACAGCAGCACUGCAGACCUCCCUCCAGGGGGCGCCUCUCUCUCUCCGCGGCAGAAGAAAAAGAGUGCGUUCAGUGCAGCGUUGCGUUUGGAGGCGCAGGAGCUGAGCAGAAGUCUGUGUACUCUUCUACAGUCUGACUCACCAACCAUCUGA